AUGGCUCAUAUAUCUCUGUCGGGAUUCACGUCGUUGCUUCUGUGUAUAUCGGCUGCGAGUUUGAGACUUGCAGAGCAAUACAUUCAAGCCUUCAGUAACAUUGCCAAGGAGGUAUCAAAACUGUCGUCAAGGUGGAUGCAAAUUCUAAUACAAAGAAAGCUGCAGGAAGUGCAAAGCCUGUUUAGAAGUCAGAAGCGCAGCCAAGCACAAAGAAAACUGACGCUGAGGAGCCAAAGAAGAAGGCUACAAAGGAGAAGGCUAUAUGUUCGACUUUUACCUUUUCGUGUGCUACAGGUCCAUCCAAGCAAAGUAUACUCCCUUAUUGGUUCUGGUGGGAAGAAAGUAAAGAGUAUCAUUGAAGAAUCCGUAGUUGAAGCCAUUGAUAUGCAAGAUGAUGGAAUUGUGAAAAUUAUGGCAAACAAUGUGGCGAGUCUGGAGAGGGCGAAAGCCAUUAUUAGUGGGUUGACAAUGGUUCCAGCUGUUGGUGAUAUCUACAGGAAUUGUGAAAUCAAAUCAAUGGCUCCUUAUGGUGCCUUUGUAGAGAUUGCACCAGGGAGAGAAGGACUUUGCCAUAUAACUGAGCUGAGUGCUGAAUGGCUUGCGAAACCAGAGGAUAAAAAGAGACUUUUGGACUUACAUGGCUGGAAAACCGAUCUUACUGGGAUAGACAAAGCCUGGAGUUAG